AUGGAUUCACAGCAACAACAGACGGAGCGCCUAAUUGACAGUAUACAGCAAGAAUUCAAACGACUCAAUACAAUACAGGAUGAAAUUGGUCUGCAAACAGAGGCCAAGGACGCAUCUAACGCCAAUUUCUUUGAUGCUGUAACCAGUUUUGCAAAUGAAAAAGUGAAUCAAAUGGAAAAGCAAAAGCAGCGCAUCAUUGAUGAAGUAGAGGCAGCGCAGACUUCAAUUCUAUCGUACAAGAAGCUAAUGGGUGAAUUUGCUUCUGAUAGAGCUGUCUUGGAUCCAUCCAAAUCGUUGCAAGCAAAUUUGGAUGAUUUACAAAAGGAAUUGGCUGUGGUGAAAGAGAAAUAUCAAGAGCGACUUGUUGCAGUGGAGGAACAAUAUUUGCAGUUAAAGGAAUUCAAGCAGGCCAUGGGUGAUUUCGUGGAUACAAGCAUGCUGAAAGACACCAACGUUGAUGUCUCUUCUACCGCUGUUGAAACUAUUGACAAAGAAAUUGCACGAUGCGAAGUGGAAUACAUGCGAAGAAAGGAGAUUGUGGAUGACUGUGUCGAACGCAUUUGCAGUAUGUUGAAUCAGCUUGGAUUACAGGCAGAAAGGGAUCGAGACAGAAUCAUUGAAUUGUUCCUCAUCGAGAAUGAUCCUCACGAAAAAAUGCAUCUUUGCAAUAUGCUGGUGUCUGACGACUUUAUGAAAUACAUGGCAAAGAGGAUCAAAGAACUAGACGAGCAGAAACAGCAAGUGGAGUCUCGCAAGGAAGAAAUGAUUGCCAGUCUCAAGCAUCUUUGGAAUCGACUGCAUAUUGAUCAACAAGAAUGCGAAGUGUUUCUAAUGGCAAAUCGCGGUUUGACGACAAAAGACCUAGACAAGUUUGAAGCAGAAUUGACCAAGCUAAACGCACUCAAGCAAGAGCGCAUUGGCGAUUUCCUUCAGACAGCAAAAGAAGAACUUGUAUCGUUGUGGGAUAAACUGUACUACACUGAUAAGCAACGAGCUCAAUUUCAACCAGAUCAAUGCCAAGAUCAUGUCACCGAUGUCGUGCUGGAAGCGUAUGAAAAUGAAAUAUCCAGACUUCAAUUGGAACUGGAGGAUUCCCGCUAUAUUCUGGAGCUGAUUGAGAAGCACAUGAGACUGAAAAAGGAAGUGGAAGAAUUUGAAGCAACUACAAGUGAUCCCAAUCGAUUGUUUGGUAAAGGAAACCGUGAUCCUGGUCGUUUGCUGCGUGAAGAGCGAUUCAGAAAGCGUAUUUCAAGGGAAUUACCCAAGGUGGUCAAGGAAUUGGAAGGUGCCUUGUUGGAAUACGAAGCCUUGAAGAGCCGUCCUUUCUUGGUCUAUGGUAAAUCCUACUUUAAUGUCAUUUACAAUGAUGCAGAUCAGGAAUCUGAAUCGACUCUGGUGGAAAAGCCAAAGACACCUCGUAGAGAACAGAAUCAAACUAGUUUACUCCCAAGGACACCACGACGUCCUGAACAAAUAACAUCGAUGCUUCGUAAACCCAUGACGAGUCCUCGGCCCACAAAGACCAAGCGCCUUAUUUUCAACACACCUCAAUUCCAAAGAGCCAAAAGCUUUAGUCUAACUACUACCACUGCUGAUACCAAGAUUGAUACAUCUACUAGUAUUUUACACAAAGUGCGAGCCAGAAAUAGUCGUCAUCGAGAACAGAAACCCAUUAAACGAGGCCAUAUUUUUGACGAUGACGACGAUGAAGAUGAGGAUGAAGAUGAUUUCUAUCCAGGUGCUGGUUCACAAAACGAAAACAAAGCACCUCAUCACAUUAAACCUCAUACACUGAAAAGACGCAAGCAACACAAUCAAACUGCCGUUGGAUCUCAGCCGGAAGGCGAUAUUGCGCUUGAUCUAGGCAUCUUUGAUGAUGGACCUGACUUGAGCGAUAUGUCUGAAAUAGAUGCUGAGUGA